AGAUUUUCAGUGCAGUUCAGCUUUCAGCAGCAGCGCAGAUUCGCUUUGUCCGUCGUGAAAUUUAGUUCGUGGUUGUUGAAAUUGAUUCGACGAGACGUGGAAUGUAAUUGCUCGGUAGAGUACCUAACAUUGUGAGUGGAAGGAAUUUUCCCACUGGCGUUGCAAAGUCGUUCACCGCAGAAAAAAGUGUCGCUAAAAUUUUUAGGAAACGCCGCGGCGCUACGGGCAGCAAGUCGCAAUUUAGGGUCUACCUGCGGGGGAUCGAUGUUACCGAAAAUUAGUGCUCGAUGUUUUACGAUUUAACACAAAAUCAUACAGUCAAAUGAGAAAGGAUGUUCCUUGUCGUUUCUUUGACAAAUUCGUGAAAUAUCAGUGAAGUGAGUGGUGCAUUUACUCGGUGAUAACCGCUUGUGUUGAAAAUUAAAAAAAUGCAUCUCAAUUGAAUAAUAAACAACAAGAACCUGGAGGUAUCCAGAAUAUACCAGUAGCACCAACAGAAAACAGUGAAUUCAGUCAGAGAAACAGUAACCAGUCAACAUUUUUCUCAACCCGAAUCUAUCGACUGCCUCGCUGCUUCAAGCCGUGGCAGAAAUGGACGAAGAUGAGGAAGUGGCCGACAUCCGGGAGCAGAUAUUCCACAACACCGUUCGGGAGCAUAUAAUUUUCCUGCUACUCUUCCUACUACUGUAUCUCGGUAGUUUUGCACUGAUUGGUCGCUUUCGGCGACGCGACCGGGAGGAUUUAUUCUCCACUGACGACGAUGAGAUUACCGUUUAUAGGAUUAGUUUAUGGUUGUGCACAUUUUCAUUAGCCGUGGCAGUGGGUGCAGCGCUGCUCCUGCCAAUAUCGAUCGCCAGCAACGAGGUACUGAUUCUGUACCCCAACAGUUACUACGUGAAGUGGCUCAACAGUUCACUGAUUCAAGGUCUCUGGAAUCACGUGUUUCUGUUCUCCAAUUUGGCACUGUUCGUGCUGCUACCGUUUUCCUACCUGUUCACCGAGUCCUCCGGCUUCAGCGGCCACAAGAAAGGACUGAUGGCACGGGUCUACGAGACAUUCACCGUGUUCUCGUUGCUGGCGUUCAUCGUUUUCGGCAUGACAUAUGUCAUCUCGGCACUACGUGAUCCCGAGCGAAACACCUUCCAGGCGCUCUUCAACCUGGGAAAAUAUCAUCUGCCAUUUCUAUACUCAUGUGUAUCAUUUUUAGGAGUACUAUUAUUGUUAGUUUGUACCCCCAUGGGCUUUGUAAGACUAUUCGGCGUCGUUGGUCAGGUGCUGGUCAAGCCUAACUUACUUCGGGACGUCAAUGAGGAAUUCCACGCCUUCAAUCUUGAGGAGGCAACAGUGCGACGCAAGCUGGCGAAUGCAAAUAUCAAUAUCGAGCUGAAAAGCGUAACAACGAUCGAUUCGGCACCGUCCAAACUGUGCGCAGAGCUACAGGAUUUGUAUCAAAUCCGACCGACGAAUGGCGGCACCGACAGCGAGUCCGUCAAACUUUUCGAAAGACUGAGAGAACUUGAGGCUGAACGAAAGUUAUUAGAUAAACAACGCAGUUCGUCGGCGUUGCAGAGAAAUCUUGUCUACCCAGUAGCGAUGUUGCUAUUGCUUCUACUGACGGGAAUCACCGUAUUACUGGUUGGGCAGAAUACAUUAUCAUUACUGAUUGGAAUCAAAGCGGUUCCUCUCAGUACUCGGCAAUUUACCCUUGGUAUCACAUCCCUCUCGAAAUUGGGCCCACUGGGGGCCGCCCUGGAGGUGUGCAUCAUCAUGUACCUAGUGGUGACCUCGGCGGUCGGUCUGUACACCAUGCCAUUUAUGCGAAACGUCCGCCCUCAGCGGCGAAAGACGUCCCUCUGCCAGUUGAUCGCCAACUGCGCACUGGUGUUGAUUCUCAGUUCAGCGCUGCCAUUGCUUUCGCGCAUUCUUGGAAUCACCAACUUCGAUCUCUUGGGUGACUUCGGCCAGAUCGAGUGGCUCGGUAACUUCAUGAUCGUGUUGUUGUACAACGUGAUCUUCGGGACGGCGGCCACGCUCUGUUUAGUCAACAAAUUCACAGCCACCGUGCGGCGGGAGCUGUGCGCACGUGGACUAUUCACCUACCUCAACCGACGAGCCCUGGAAGAUUCCAAGUUUGCCAUCAACAUGGCGGCCGUUUUUGCAUCCCGCCAACUUGACGAUCUUGUGAUAAAGGAGACAAAACUGCGCAAUGCCAUGCUUACAAUCCUACAAGAGAACUUUCGCGCCAUCGACGAACUAAAACGUGAAGGCGUAACUCGGUUCUACAAUUCAGUCACACUCCUUGGAGAGUAUUAUAAUAGGAAACGAUUUCUCAAUGGCAAGCGGAUACUCAUUUUGGGUCAAAGCUUAUUGUUGCUUUUGACGACGGAGCUAGAGAAAGAAAUCAAAAGAUGCGAAGAAACUAGUGGCCAUACAAUCGAUCCAGAGUUUGCAAAGUUGAUACUGUCCCAGAUUACGUUAAAUGGAGGGGAAGCCAAGUUAGAGCAUCGCCAGGAAAUUGACGAUUUAAACUACUCGAUACGAAAGUGCCUGAUCAACGUGUCUAACAUGCUGCCAAGAACAAAAGCGUACCUUCUGAUGGCACUGGAUUUGUUUUACACUAAUUUCAAUUUGAGUUCCACGCUUUUGGAAAAACUGUACGGAAAGCAUUUGUUUGAGCCUGAUGAGGACACAUCAGCGAAACAUGCAGAUACCGUAAAUAAAGUCGAGCAAAAUAACAAGAGCUCUGCCCGAAGUGAACCUGCGCCACAAUCAAAGACAAAUGAUAGUAGUUCAAAAACUGCACCGAAAAAAACUCCAGAAAAGACUGAUAAUAUGAAAAAGCAAGUAAGCAGAAAUGGCAGUUCAGUUAAACCUAAAAAAAAGGAUGUUAAGGUAGAAAAUGUAAAAACUCCUACAACUAAAUCACCCAUCACAUCACCGAAAAAACCUCCCAUAAAUGCCACGCGAAAGCCCGCUAGUUGGAAUCAAACCUCGCCCAAAAAGGAUCAACGAGCGAAACCAGCGCCGCAGCUAAAAACCCCACCGAAGAGAAAUCUCAGCGAACGACUGAAACCUGUCACUCCGGAUCAAACAUCACCAAAAGGGCACGUUGCAAAUCCCAAAUCGGUCAAAACGCCGGAUAAUCCGUCGGUGCUGAAACAGAACUGCAAACCGUCCCCGAAAAGUUCCGUUAGUCCCGGGCAAGCUUCCGGCUCACCUGGUAGCGGGGUCAGCAUGAAACUCUCGAUGCCGAGUCCGCGAGCCAACCACGAAGACAACGUGGAAAAUCUCGCCUGGGAUGAUCUCACCCUGGAGGACGAAUCGCCGCAGAAGCUGCACCCUCACACCAAGUCAUUUCUGACCUUCCUGGCGCAAAAGUGAAGCCGAUGAAGGAACGAGCGAGCGUUGGACCAACAAUUUGUGCCUUCAUGUGCAUUUGGAAUCAAUUGUCUGUGUUAAAUGUCAUCAAUGUGAUAUUGCACGUUUGUAUGGGAUAAGAAUUUUAUCGUCAUGAUGUGACAUAAGCCAAUAAGGGGAGAAACAAUGGGCUUUCUUUCCGCUUGGUUCGAAAUAACUAGCAAUAUUGAUAAGUGGCAUGUAAUUCUUUUCAAUGAUAGUUUUAGAAUUUUUAUGUUUUUAAUGUCGUUUUAAAAUUGAUAACAUUCUGUUCAAUUUGCAAUUGAAAUGUUUAUCUGCUGCAUUUGUCUCUUGAUACUUAAACGAUACUUAAAACCUAUCAGUUUGUAUAAGUGUAUAUUAGGAUGUUUUAAUUCAAAACUAAUGAAAAAACGCGGAGAAGUAGACUUUUAGAAUCGCGGUUUUGAGAGAAUUAUGACGGCGAAACUGGCGACGGUUAGUACUUUACAAUAUUUUGUUGGCUGUAUCUCGUAGAGUAGAAUAUCAGUUUUAGCACAACACCCCCGAACAGACAAACUCUACAACGGACAUAUCAUUUGUAGGUAGGAAGAUUUUAGAUUAAGAAUAAACAAAGUUUUAAUGAAAA